GGGGGGGGGCGGCCUGGAGUGUCUCCAUAUUUUGGACGAUCUAUCUUUUGCCAUAGGGUGGAGAAAGAGGCCGGCGCGCUGUGGCGUUCGAGGCUCGAGCGCUUGACUUGGUGUCCGCGGAGUUGUCAUAAUUCGGAACAGCUGAAAUCAGCCAGCUGCGUUAGUGUAUUGCGCUCUGCGCCGAGGUGAAGUGUGUGGAGGGACGGAGCGAGGGAGAGAAAUGCUGGGGAGACUGGAAAGCGAGGAGCGUUUCACGCGAGGAAAACGGAGAAGCCGCACAAUGAGAAUGUCCACUCAUGACGGAAGAUCAGUCGAGACAGCAAUAGAUACACAUAGAUAUGUCGCUAUAUAAAUUAUAUAUGGGGCAGUCCGCAAUCCCAAGGAGGCGGGGCAAUAAUGGCGCACUCUCCUACUCUCGUCGUCCGUACGCGAGCUUCACGAACUUACACGAAGGAUUAUCCAUGGCAUGUUCGCAGGCCUGCCCGGGCCGGAAGGCCACUGAGGCGAUCUAUCAUCAGCAUGGAAAAGGCGACAUGACUAAUAAGUUGUUCGCAUAAUAUGUGACGACGCCGAGACGAGAAAGGAGCAGAGGGGGCGCACUAAUGAGAGCGAGCCGAGCUGAGGUUCGGGUGGGGUGGGACCCUUUGGUUCAAGAGAAUGGCGCUGCGGCUUCAAGUCUUUGCACACCUCUCGCUUCUGACUUGCGCGUUGAAAUUCAAAAAGAUCGAGCGAGUCCACACUCGGGCGAGGCUGUUGUUGUUGUACAUCAUCGAGCCACACACUGACCAGCUGGCUCGCUCGCUUGCCGUUUGGCGGCCUUGGCCUUCUUCCCUCACCUCCACAAGUCCACCGUAUUCUCUUCAAUUCAAUCCAGGCCCCACCAUCGCCUCCAGCUUAUUCCACAUCAUAUGUUCGCUCUCUUCCGCUUGUCCACACAAAUCCUCGAAAGAUUUCACCGCCACGAUCAUUAUGCAAAGUAAUAUAGACGCACACCAUGCAUUAGUAACGCUUCCUUUUCUUUUUCUUUCUCUCUCUCUCUCUCUCAAACUCUCUCUCUCACAAUGAGUAAGAACAUUCUGCGGUCGUUGCGAGAACCUUUUAGGCUGUGUGCUUCUGAAAAGUGCUGUGUGCCUGCCUGACUCACUGACUGCCUGCCUGCCUUCGUCCGUCGCUCGGUCUCGAUUCUAUUCUUGCUUAGACAAACACGUCAUUCCGUCCAGAAUUCAAAAAUCUGCACUCAGAUCCAACUAUGGUAGAGUUCAUUAAUUGCAAAUUCAAAAUCAUGUCUUUUGAUGGCCGCCCUCCCACUUCUCUGGCUUUUGCUGCCGGUGGGUGCAUACACAACUCGUCCCCGAAUUCUCUUCCACUCGUGAAAAUAAUCUCGGACUCGCCAUACUUAGAGAGGCCUGUGCUCUGUUGUCUUCUGUUUGCGACCCGAUCUGAUCCGCUGGUCGAUCAGGGACUCGCGGGGCUUGGGGCUUGGGGCUUGGGGCUUCGGAAACUCUGCAGAUUCUUCGCCGCUGUGUCUCGCGACAAAACCUUUUCAUCCAAAGGCCGGGUCACUUGUUUUAUAGAUAUAAUAACUAUCACAAUCUGAGCACCACGUCAACGUCCAGGAGACUCGCCUCGCCGGUUCUCUUUCAGCUCUCGCGGACCUUUUGCCUUUUCUCCCGACUCUUUUGACGAUCUCCUCGACCUCUCUCUUGACUCCCGGCACUCAGUCUGGUGCUUUUCCAUUUUUAUUCUCGUCCACUCCUGUCAGCAGCAGCAGCAGCAGCCAUCUCAUCUUAUUAUGCCCGGCUGCCGCUGCUGCGUCUCGUAGAAUGCAUCGGAUCUUAGCAGCUGACCGCCCUAAGAAGCAACGAGCUUACACUAAUUCCCUUUGUCCUCCUUUUCCUCUUGACUCCGUGCCUGCAUCAUCCUCUACUGUCUGCCAUAGCCUUUCCACGGUCCUUUUCUCGCCCCCUCGCUCUCGCUUGUGUGCAUCUGCAUCCACACUAAUUGCUAACCCGACUGCUAUCGGUGC